GCGAGGGACCGGAGCGGGCUGGCACCGCGGCUACGGGCGUUCUAAGCAACAAAUUUACCAACCAAAAAAAAAUUAGAAUUGGUGGGAGGGAGGGACGGGAGGGGAGCCUUACAGCAAAGCAAGAAAGAGAAGAAAGUGGGGGCAAAAGUCUUGGGGUUGGUGAGGGAAACAAUAGACCAAAUCGGGAGUAAUAAAUAAAUGAAUGAAAUGCAAAGUGCAAGUGACCACCUUGAUGUGAAGCUCUCCCAGGGACACGCCAGAUAGAUGUCCGGUGUAAAACCGUGCGCCAACCAUGAAUGCUCAGCUAACGAUGGAGAACCUGGGCGAUUUGCAUGGGGUGCCUCAUGAACCGGUGCAGCCGGGCGACCUGCUGAGUAGCCCCAGCCCGCACAGCCGCUCCAUCGGCCAUCGGAAUCUGCCGGUCCACGCUCGCUCCAUGGUGUCCAGCAUGGCUUCGAUCCUGGACGGUCCCGGAGACUACCACCGGCCGCCGGACCACGCACUGGCCGCCCCGCUGCACCCGACCAUGACCAUGGCUUGCGAGACGGUGCCGGGCAUGAGCAGUACGUACACCACGCUGACCCCUCUGCAGCCGCUGCCUCCCAUCUCCACCGUGUCCGACAAGUUCCCUCACCACCACCACCACCACCACCAGCGGCUGGCCGGCAACGUGAGCGGCAGCUUCACCUUGAUGAGGGACGAGAGAGGUUUGACUUCAAUGAACAAUCUGUACAGCCACUAUCACAAGGAUAUGAGCGGCAUGGCUCAGAGCCUCUCCCCGCUCUCCGGCUCCCCUCUCACCAACGGCCUGGGCACCAUCCACAACUCCCAGCACGGUCUGCCACCUUACGGGCACGCUGGACCCAUGCCCGCUGACAAGAUGCUGACCCCGAACGGCUUCGAGGGCCACCCGGGCAUGUUAGGCCGAGCGGAGCAGCAUCUAAGCCGGGGGCUCAGCCCUCCCUCGGUGGGCAUGGUGCCCAUCAACGGUCUGCACCAUCACCCCCACGUCCACCCGCACGCACAGGGCCACGGGCAGGUCCUGGGCUCGGCCAGGGGCGAGCAGCCGCCCCCUUCCUCCAACGGGUCGCAGGCGGGCGGCGGAGGAGGAGGUGGGGGUGGCGGAGGAGGAGGAGGAGGAGGCGGCGGGUCGAGCCAGCUGGAAGAGAUCAACACCAAGGAGGUAGCGCAGAGGAUCACCACCGAGCUCAAGCGUUACAGCAUCCCGCAAGCUAUCUUCGCGCAACGGGUGCUGUGCCGCUCGCAGGGCACCCUGUCCGACUUGCUGAGGAACCCGAAACCUUGGAGUAAGCUCAAGUCGGGCCGGGAGACCUUCAGGCGCAUGUGGAAGUGGCUGCAGGAACCCGAGUUCCAGCGAAUGUCGGCCCUACGCUUGGCAGCGUGCAAAAGAAAAGAGCAGGAGCAUGGUAAAGAGAGGGGCGCCGCGCCCAAGAAACCUCGGCUGGUGUUCACGGAUGUUCAGCGCAGAACUCUACACGCAAUAUUCAAAGAAAACAAGCGUCCGUCCAAAGAAUUGCAAAUAACCAUUUCCCAGCAGCUGGGCUUGGAGCUGAGCACCGUCAGCAAUUUCUUUAUGAACGCACGUCGGAGGAGUUUGGAUAAGUGGCAGGAUGACGGCACCUCCAACCCAGUCAACUCAUCUUCCUCAUCAAGCACUUGUACCAAAGCAUGAAGGAGAACCCCGGACUAAACCUCGGUGGAAUAGCUUUAAAAUCAAUGACCAGGACCUCCAGGCAGCAGGUUUAAUUAAUGAACUCAAAGACAAUAUAAUAUUUAUAUGCCCAACGAAACCAAAGACUUAAUUGACCUGCAUUAGGACUCCGUUCUACAACACUUUAUUAUGACUUUUGCAAAAAAAAGAAUGAAGCCGCUGGCCGUACACCUUCAUCAUCCAACAUCGUUCAGUGUCUGUGGCCGUAAAGUCGUUGGGAGCAUCGUCAUGAAAAAAAACUUUAUUUCAAACAUUGACCCAUUUCACUUCCUCGGAUAUACCAACCAAGGUGUAUGUUGUAGAGAUACCCGUGUACGUGCCAGUGGCCAGAAAACUUUGCAAGGGGCUGGUCUGUGGGUUGUGCUCAGGCACGACCCUUACAAUUGUGGAGUCGUUCUGUGUACAUUUGGAAUGUGAUUGAAUUCGAGCUCUUUGCUGGUUGAACGCGAAAGCUCCAAUUCUGGGCACAGUUCAACGCUGUGAGAGCUGUUCUGUCACCUCACACUAGUGCAUUCUCUUUGUAUCACAGGCCGAGGAAAUGCAACAGCUAAUGACCAAAAAAACCCAUUCUAUAACACCAACCCCAGUAUUGUAGACGAAAACUCUGUUGGAUAACAAAGAGCGGGAUAAAUGACAGGGAGAUUUCGCCAGAAGCACAAAUAUUAGUUGUACUGGGAGCUUCGUUCAUCUGCGAUAAAAUACACCACUUACUAUUUUCUAUUCGAAUAUAUUUUGCACACCAAAUUAAUGAUAUGGCAUUUUAUUGGCAAACGUUUACUUUAUACGUUACAGAAAGGUGGCAGUUACCGUAGAAUUAGAUGGGAAUCACUCACUUUAUCCCUGUUCCUUGCUAUCCACAUUGCCGCAAAGGCAAGGAAGCGACAAAGGAUGCUUCCAUUUGGGGAUAGCAUUGUCAAAUAUGCUAAUUGAAUGAAUACUCUACUGAACACAGCGAUACAACAAAUAAGUUAUCAAUGCCACAGGCUUUUCCGGACACAUCUGUCAGGUGUACCAGCCUGUACUUACACAAGUAACAGCAAUAUCAAAUUCGCCUAGGUUUAACACAAGAAUUCCAUAUUUAAGAGUGCCGCAGACCACUGCGACUCGCCCUAUAUGCUUCAGGGUAAAGUUAUUAAACUCGCUUAAUACCAUGCAAUAUAUAUUCUAAAACCCUGUGGCCUACAAAAUGAAUAUUGUAACACAAUUCUUAAAAAAUAGUUACCCCACCUUAUAUGUUAGAAAAAUAAUAAUUUAUAUGUUUUGUUUAAUCUAUUGGUUAAUCAACUCUAAAACGAACAACUUUUUAAAAAAUACAAACUCCCCUUUAAAUAUACAUUAUGGAGUAUGCGAAAUUAUGUAAAUUAUUGGUCAACAUAACAAGUUUCAAAGCAAGUUUAGAUUCUUGUCCCUUAUGGAAGUAAAUCUGCACACAAUGGGAAGUCAGUACUGUAGAAGCAUUGUUUUUCCCAAGUUACAAUGACCAAAUGCUGACAGUAAAGCCAUCUGGUUGGAUGCACCAAUGAAAAGGGAGGCACUUUACUGCUCGGUGCUGUUAACACCAAAAGUUGUUAUAUGAUUCAGGUUAGUUUUCCAUAGUGAAACACAACAGAGGUGGAACUCUGUAGAACACAAAUCUGGGCUACUGAACAGUAUGUUUCAGGUUUCAGUCAAGAUAUGACUUAUUCUUGACAGGAUGCAACAUUUCAGUCACCCAGUUGCAGUUACAUAUUACCCUUUGUGCUUUAAAAAAUUCUGCUAAAGAACCAAAGAAAACUCUUUAUUCAGGAACAUUGCACUUGUCGGCGAGCUACAAUGCAAAACUAGUCCAUUUUGUUUUUACACCGAUCAGUUGUAUUAGUAUCCGUCUUCGGGAUACCUUAUCACAUAUCAAUGCCAUCAGAUGAAGGGGGUCAAGGUAUCAACAAGAUACUUGAGGAGCAAUCUCAUGGGGUCACUGACACGACACACGACACACAUAGUAACAUGUCUUAUGAUUGAACACCUGUCCAUAGGGCGGGAAGUAGGUAUGCUCGAAAAAAAAGUCAGUCGAAGAUCUAGAAGAGGAACGGCAUCUUGAAGUUUAAAUGGACUUAACAAACCUACUACUCGCGAUGGUGCUUUAUUCUGCCACGACCCUUUCAUGACAUUUCUGAUAAAAGUAAAUGACACGAGUCUUGCAUAAAUAAUUGUCGAGGAUUGAAUGAAUCUAUUCAAUGUAACAACGAUCGUUUCAAGUCAAACUCCAUCAAAAUAACUUCUUUACCUCAAGUCCAACUAAUAUGCAAGCGAAACCCACUAUUUUGUACUCAUUUUAAGGUUUAUUUUGCUUGACAGUUUUAAAACAACGUUUUACCGAGUCACUGUCGAAUACGGAUCACACGAUAUACAGAUAUAAUUAAAAAGUGAUAUAAUGUGGCCACAGCCAGAACGAGGUGUGGAGGGGUGGGUGUGUUGCAUUAUAUAAGGAAUUCGCCUUUCUCUCGUUCCCUGAAAGUAAAAUGCCACGAAGUAUUUCCGCUGAGCGAGGAUUUCUCUUCGUACCAAACACCUACCCAUUUGAAACUGCUAGAUAAAUUCCUGGGGAAUUUCUUCUGAAAAGAUAUCUGUUUAUUUGUGGGAAUAAUUGAGUUUAAAAAUGGACAUCACAAUUGUGAAUAUAUUUAGGGUUUCAAAUGUAGUCUGACUUGGAGUCAUUUCUCUGACUGCUUGUUGUGCACCAGUCACUCAUCCUUGAAGUCACGGUGAUAUGAAAUAUAUAUUUCUGUCAGAUAUUGUUUUCGUAAUUUUACACGCCUUGAGUGACUUUUUAACCAAUGUUAAAUUCCCGCUAUAAACUUGAAUUUUAUAAACGUCCUUCCCAUACACGCCUCCCUUUCACUCCCACUAUGACCAAAGGAAACUGUCUAGCUUUAUUUUUGUUAAAGGAGGCUCCUCGCACAAAGAGAAUGAACUAGUGAUUUUUCAAAGGUGACAUUUAGCCAGGUGCGUUCAUACGCAGGAGGCCAUUGUGAUGGAUAAUAAUCCGGAUUUUAACAAUAUUCUGGCCUUGUGUUUCUUGUGGUGUGGUUAGCUUUACGAUACAUUUGGUAAUCAUUUACUAUUAUUAAGACAAAGAAGCAAAGGUAAAAUAGCUGCUUCCACGUGUAAAAAUGUGUAAAGAUCUACUAUUUAUAGUGUGAACCAAAGACGCUACCUCACUCGAUUUCCAUUCGUGAUUUUAAUCACAUUGAUGAUACCAAAGAAUACCAAAGAUUUUUCUUGCACGGCCUUCGUGAGUGGGCUACUCGGCGUUCUUUCCUUAAACCCUCAACUGUCACUCAGUGUGAAGUUUUCUUCAUAAAAGCUAUAGGCAAACAUAUUGCAAAAUUUGUAAAAUCAUAGGACGAGUGCCUUGCUUGAACCAAAGUGUUAAACCGCUGUUGACCUCUUCUCACCUUACUCUUGAAUACCUCAGCCUCUAGAAAGGCCACUACUUAAAAAAAGGAAUAACUUUUCACCGUGGUGCUUUGCAUGCAACCAUGCAAUGAAACUUUCUUUGAUACCAAAGGAUAUUUCCACUUUUUGCUGACUACCAAAGCUCUUUUUUGCGUCCUAGAGUAUUCACACAACGCAGGCCGUGCAUUCCUUAUCAAUUUCUCAAGAUACCUCAUAGUAAUAAAUCUUUAGGGUUAUGUUGUAUAGAGAGUCUAUGUGAUAAGGCAGAACUUAAUAGUUUGAUAAUUGUUAACGUUACUUCAAAGCUUUAUAAUUAUUUAUUUUGUAGAUUUGGCAGAACUCUGAUGGGCUCGAGGAAGAAGUAUUUUGAAGACGAGGGUGGUAGUGCAGGGUUGGUUGCUGUUGGUUCUGAGGGGAAACCUAACUUUUCUGUUAAUUGUACUGGGUUUUUGUGUUAUAUUAAAAAGUCUUUUCACAGGGUAAGCCAUUCUCUGCUAAGAUGCGUGUAAGUAUUUCUUGCAAAAAUGUUCGUGUGCUGUGAUUUGUUUCAAUUCAUUUUGUCUUAUGUGAAGAUUUGUUUUGAUUUUUGUAUUAAUUUAUGUGUCUGUACAUCUUUAAAAUAGUGUACAUAGUAGGUUCCUAAAGCAACCAGAGCUUUCUCAUACAAUCUGUAGGUAAAGAGUUCUGUUCUCGUGUUCCCAGAAAGCUGGUGGAAAAAAAUGCUGUAAAGGUGCAGAGUCGAAUAUCGUCUGAAAUCUCUUUGCAGACACUUCAAAUGUUACAAACACUGCCAGAUCCCAACGAAUUAAAAUGCCAAAAAAAUAAGGUUCAAUUAUCAGUGAAGUUAUCACUUCGUCACUUAGAAGGCUUGUAAGAUUUGUUUAAAGUCUCUUUUUGUGUUUUAAAAAUAUAUACUAAGGAAGGGUCUUCCCUCGAGGAAGACCGCAAUUCCAAAGAAUUUUAAAUUUGUUUAAUGUUUUGAAGCACUGGGAUUUGUGAAGUCUAAGUAUUGUUUUAAUUUGUCAUUCGCACGGGCAUAGAAAGCAGAAGGCGAAGAACUUUACGGGCAACCUAACCUGAUGCUGGAAACCAUUAUCCCACUUUAAGUUCAGUAUUCGGGGACACGAUCGUGACUUAGAUAGUUCAGCCGGACCACAUUUCCCCAAAUCGCCAAGGGUUCCUGAAGCGUAUUUGCCUGCGGGGCAGCAUUGCUGGAACAGUGGCGAUCCCAUCGAAGUUAUGGAUAUAAUAUAGAAAGGUAAUAUCCGACCUUAGAGGUACUGAAGUACAUUUUUGAAACCGUGAUUUAUAUUAUUUAAUAAAGUUGUAUUUGACGCACUUACCAGCAUUUUAACCUGUAUUUAUCUAUCUUUUAAGCCAAUAACUUCUCUCUGAUAGUCCUUGUUUUCCGGAAAUAUGUUUAUUUAACUAAUAAUAAAUAGUGACGUUAGACUCUGGAUUCUGAGAUCAUUUCAAUGAGCUCCAGUGAUUAAUCGGGAACAUUUAACUAAUCUCUUUCAGUUCGCCAAUUAUUUCAAUCAAGAUGGUUGGAUGUUACCUUUAGUCGGCUGAAUUUUCCUAGACAUUAGACUAAUAAUAAACUGAAAAUGUGUGGGGUUGGUGAUGUUUUUAUAUAGAUAAAUUCCAACCGUGCAAUAUACAGCGCAAUUUUAAACUGCACUAAUAAACUAAGCUGUAAGAUAUUGCCAGAUACAUCGUUGGAAUGAAGUAAACCACGGGAUGUAACCAACAUAUGUUAUAACGCGAGUUUAACGAUCAAAUAUACAAAGCAACUGAUGGAGUUGCAUUAGUAAUUUCUCACUGAUAAUAACAUAUUGCGACUAAUAAUUUAACAGUUAUCACCAACAAGUAACAGCAAACGUUGGUGGUGCAUUGCAGACUGGAUUUACACAACCUCUUUCCUCUUUUGUCCAAGAAAUUCAGCCGUGCUUCUUGUCAUCAAUAAUGCACACUUUCAGCUUUAUUGUUCCUUGAUUCGAGAAAAGUUAAUUGGACAGCAUUUUUGCACUUCCGCUUUCAAGUUAGAUUGCCUUGGAGUUAAUACCUAAAAGAGAGCGCCUAAGACAAUCAACAGGUGAAGGGUGCAUAGUUAAUAGUAUCUCUUCCAAGAGCCAGAGGAAGUUCUUCCAUAGCAAUGAAAUCAGAAAAGCUUUAAAAAAAAGGUUUUGAUAUAAGACAAUUUGCUGACAUUUUGCAAAUUAGAAAGCGGUAGUAGUUUAUGCGUUUGCAUCUGCAUUUCCAACUAAGUGAUUCUUGUAUAUGAUUACAGUUUAUUGCUGAUAUUUUGUCAAUCUUUCUCUUAGUCAAGCGCUUCUUAUGUAUUUUUGUGCUAGCUGCGAGUGUAAUGCAAUAGGCAUUAUUCUGGUUUGUUUCUAAGUAUCUUUCCUGUACUGCGUUAAGAAAAUUUAAUUUAGUUUUGAAGCUUUGCUAAUGUUCUCACUAUAUGCCGUGCAAUAUCAUCUGCUGUGUUUGCUAAGCAAAAAAAGCAAGUGAUGAUGUCAUCAUGCUUUUUCAGUGUUAAAAUGUUUCAGCGUUUAUGUAGUCACAAAAUGUAGUAAAUAAAAUGUUGGAUUUUCCAGCACUUUAAAUGUA